AUGCCGCCUAAGCCUCCCAAAUCUGCUGGCGGAAGAGGCAGAUCUGGAGAUGACAACAAGGAAGAUCCUCUGCAGGCCGUCAUCGUCGCGGACACGUUCGAAGACAGAUUCACCCCGUUCACUCUGGAGAAGCCUAGAUGUUUGCUAACUCUGGCCAAUACUCCGCUGAUUGAAUACACUCUCGAGUAUCUCGCGAGUGCUGGAGUCCAAGUCGUCUACGUCUAUGCCGGGGCACAUGUCGACCAAGUCGAAGCCUACAUUGAGGGGUCUCGGUGGAAGUCUUCGAACUCACCUUUUGAGAGCCUCACCCUCCUGAGAUGCAUUGCGAGCUCGGUUGGGGAUGUGAUGAGAGAUCUCGACCAAAAGCACUUGAUGGCGGGAGACUUCAUUGUGGUUAGUGGUGACAUCGUCGCAAACUUCCCCAUCGAAAAGGCGUUGCGACAACACAAGACCCGACGGGAAAAGGACAAAAAUGCCAUCAUGACCAUGGUUCUUAGGGAGGCUGAGCCUGGAAUUCAUGAUUAUAGUGGCGGAGUAGUACCGACUUUUGUCGUCGAUCCCACCAAGGAUAGAUGUCUGCACUACGAGGAAGCAUUUCCGGGUACUCAGUUCACCUCACACGUUGACCCAGAAUUGUUGAAAACUCCGGAGCUAGAGGUUCGCCAGGACCUCAUCGACUGUAGGAUCGACAUAUGUACGCCAGAUGUUCUCAGCCUGUGGUCGGACAACUUUGACAAUCAGUCGCCCCGAAAGGACUUUCUUUUUGGCGUUCUCAAGGACUGGGAAUUGAAUGGAAAGACAAUCCACACAUAUAUCGUCAAGGACGAUUACGCCGCCCGAGCUGCAGAUUUCUGGUCCUACAACGCCAUAUCGCAAGAUUUGAAGCAGGGCGUAAUCGCAUCGAUUGCGGUAGAAAAUAACGUCUUCAGCGACACACACUACGACCGUUCACAGAGCGGGGUCAUUGUCGACAAAAAUGUUAUUGCGGCCAAACCCACAAAACUGGAAGCAGGCACCAUCGUCGGUCCUGAAACCACCAUUGGUGCAGGGUGCCAAAUUACGAGCAGUGUGCUCGGCCAACGGUGUCAUAUCGGCAGGAACACCAAGAUUGACGCUGCUUACAUAUGGGACGAUGUCUCUGUUGGGAACAAUGUCAAGAUUUCGCGCGCUAUCAUCGGAAACGAGGCCUUUAUAGGUGAUGAUUGCAUCAUCGAGGAAGGCGUUUUGAUUUCUUUCGGCGUUAAGAUCGCCGCUGGCACUACGGUCCGAGCUGGUUCAAGAAUUGUCAAAACACAGCAGGGAGUAGACGGGCAGCUGAAGAAUGACGCUCUGAUGGUUGGUGACGCAGGAGAAGGUCACGCUUACGUGGAGGACGAGGAAGACUAUUUGAGUUCGAAGCUCUCGAGACUGGUCUAUGACAGACCAGACUUGGCCGAUUCGGUAUCUACCCUGGAAUCGGACAUCUCUGAAGACGAAGUCUCCUCACUUGGCGGAUCACGAAGUCAAAGUUUUGGCGAUGAGUCUUCCGACCGGUUUCAACACGAUACAGUGGCGAUCCUCGUCCAACGAAUGCAAGAAGGGAAGCACGUGGACGAUAUGCUCAGCGAGCUGAUGGGUCUGAGGUUCAGUGGAGGGGCAGAUGAGACACAGGUCCGCAGAGCAGUUGCCGUCGCUCUCAUGAAGCACAUCCAUGGGGAAAUUGAGGCGGAAAUGUCUGCGGCGGAUGCGACCAGACGGACACUUGCUGCGUACAACCCCCUCAUCCGCAGAACAGGUGCACAGCAGGCGACCGAAGAGCAAGUAUCGUUUCUUCUCGAUGCUCAAAAGGAACUAUCCAAGCGGAAAGAUGGUGGCAAGACUCUUUUGUUCGUUGUCAAAGAUCUCUAUGAUCUUGAGGUGUUUGGCGAGGAAGCCUUCACCGACUGGUGGGCUGACGAAAGAUCCAACAUGGAACCAGAAAUGGCAGCGGUGCGACAGCCAAGCUCACAAUUUAUCGACUGGCUAGAAAAUGCCGAGAGCGAGAGUGAAAGCGAGGAAGAAGACGAGUGA